UCUGCCAGCCAAUCCACCGACGCCUUAACCCCAUUAUAUUCCACUUUCAUCUCUUUCUUCAUUUCUAUCUAUUCCCUUCAACGCAAAAAGUAGAGAGAGUUUGAGAUUUCUUCUUUCAAAAAAUGGCAAGAUUGGUUGUAUUUGUUGCUCUUUGCUUCCUCUCUGUUUCUUUGGCUACUACCACUUCCAACCCUUUCCUUGUCAAGGGUAAAUGUUAUUGUGAUACUUGCCGAUGUGGAUUUGAGACCCCUGCUACUAAGUAUCUUGCUGGAUCUAAGGUUAAAGUUGAGUGCAAAAACAGGGUGACCAACAAAAUCACAUACACAAUUGAUGGAGUGACAAACUCACAGGGUGAAUACAACAUCUUAGUUAAACGUGACUGUGGUGAUGAUGUCUGUGAUGUUGUGCUCGUCGAGAGCGGUGAUAAAUCAUGUAACAUCCCCAAUGCUGGUCGUGAUCGUGCCCGUGUUGCUCUCACCCGCAACAAUGGUAUGACCUCUGAUGUUCGUUUCGCUAACAACAUGGGUUUCCUCUCCAACGAACCUCUUGCUGCCUGCACUCAGAUCCUCCAGCAAUACCAAUUGACUGAGGAUCAAUAUUGAAGAAACAAGAAGAACAAAUAAUUUGUUAUGGAUCUUUGUUUGAUGGGUUCAUUUAUUAUUAUAUGAUGCUAUAGGCAUCAAAAUUGAUACUUCUAUUCUCUUUGUUAUUGUUUUCUGGAUGUUCAGCUUCGAAGUUAUAUGUUUCCUUUUAGUAGUAUAUGAGGAAAUUUUAAUGGCUCAUUAAAAUUAUUACUUAAUGCUUAAAUUGUGGCUUGAUUCAUUUUCUUGCUGCUAGUCAAUAGACAUAGUCUUAAUACUUCAAGUUUGUUUUAAACAUAAUAAAGGAGUAAGUUGUUGGA